AUGUCUACUGACAUUCAGUCUCACUGUACUGGCAGUCAAUCUCACAGUACUAGCAGUCAGUCUCACGGUACUGGCAGUCAGUCUCACUGUACUGGCAGUCAGUAUCACAGUACUAGCAGUCAGUCUCACAGUACUCUCAGUCAGUCUCACAGUACUAGCAGACAGUCGCACGGUACUGGCAGUCAGUCUCAUCACAGUACUGGUCGUCAGUCUCACAGUCCUGGCAGUCAGCCUCACGGUACUGGCAGACAGUCUCACGGUACUGACAGUCAAUUUCACGGUACUGGUAGUCAGUCUCACAGUAUUGUCAGUCAGUCUCACAGUACUAGCAGUCAGUCUCACGGUACUGACAGUCAGUCUCACGGUACUAGGUGUCAGUAUCACAGUACUAACAGUCAGUCUCACAGUACUAACAGUCAGUCUCAUGGUACUAACAGUCAGUCUCACAGUACUAACAGUCAGUCUCACGGUACCACAAUCAGUCUCACGUACUACAGUCAGUCUCACAGUACUAACAGUCAGUCUCACAGUAUUAACAGUCAGUCUCACGGUACUAGCAGUCAGUCUCACAGUACUAACAGUCAGUCUCACAGUACUAACAGUCAGUCUCACAGAACUAACAGUCAAUCUCACAGUACUGGCAGUCAAUCCCACAGUACUAGCCGUCAGUCUCACAGUACUGGCAGUCAAUUUCACAGUCCUGGCAGUCAGCCUCACGGUACUGGCAGUCUGUCUAACGCUACUGGCAAUCAAUCUCACGGUACUGGUAGUCAGUCUCACGGUACUGGCAGUCAGUCUCACUGUACUGGCAGUCAGUCUCACAGUACUGACAAUCAGUCUCACGGUACUAGCAGUCAGUGUCACAGUACUAGCAGUCAGUCUCACAGUACUAGCAGUCAGUCUCACAGUACUAGCAGUCAGUCUCACAGUACUAGCAGUCAGUCUCACAGUACUAGCAGUCAGUCUAACAGUACUAAUAGUCAGUCUCACGGUACUAACAGUCAGUUUCACAGUACUAACUGUCAGUCUCACAAUACUAACAGUCAGUCUCACAGUACUAACGGUCAGUCUCACGGUACCACAAUCAGUCUCACACCUCACAGUACUAACAGUCAGUCUCACAGUACUAACAGUCAGUCUAACAGUACUAACAGUCAGUCUCACAGCACUAACAGUCAGUCUCACAACACUAACAGUCAGUCUCACAAUACUAUCAAUCAGUCUCACCGCACUAACAGUCAGUCUCACAGUACUAGCAGUCAGUCUCACGGUACUAACAGUCAGUCUCACAUUACUAUCAAUCAGUCUCACCGCACUAACAGUCAGUCUCACAGUACUAGCAGUCAGUCUCACAGUACUAACAGUCAGUCUCACAGUACUAUCAAUCAGUCUCACCGCACUAACAGUAAGUCUCACAGUACUAGCAGUCAGUCUCACAGUACUAACAGUCAGUCUCACAGUACUAUCAAUCAGUCUCACCGCACUAACAGUCAGUCUCACAGUACUAGCAGUCAGUCUCACAGCACUAACAGUCAGUCUCACAGUACUAUCAAUCAGUCUCACCGCACUAACAGUCAGUCUCACAGUCCUAGCAGUCAGUCUCACGGUACUAACAGUCAGUCUCACAUUACUAUCAAUCAGUCUCACCGCACUAACAGUCAGUCUCACAGUACUAGCAGUCAGUCUCACAGUACUAACAGUCAGUCUCACAGUACUAUCAAUCAGUCUCACCGCACUAACAGUCAGUCUCACAGUACUAGCAGUCAGUAUCACAGUACUAACAGUCAGUCUCACAGUACUAUCAAUCAGUCUCACCGCACUAACAGUCAGUCUCACAGUACUAGCAGUCAGUCUCACAGUACUAACAGUCAGUCUCACAGUACUAUCAAUCAGUCUCACCGCACUAACAGUCAGUCUCACAGUACUAGCAGUCAGUCUCACAGUACUAACAGUCAGUCUCACAGUACUAACAGUCAAACUCACGGUACUAACAGUCAGUCUAACAGUACUAACAGUCAGUCUCACAGUACUAGCAGUCAGUCUCACAGUACUAACAGUCAGUCUCACAUCACUAACAGUCAAACUCACGGUACUAACAGUCAGUCUAACAGUACUAACAGUCAGUCUCACAGUACUGGUAGUCAGUCUCACAGUACUACUAGUCAGUUGCACAGUACUACAUUCAAUCUCACGGAUGAUGAGAAGGAAAGAAUCUCUGUUAACAUGACCAUAUCCCACAAGAGGAUCUGGCACGUCUAUCCCGAGACCGGUAUACUCUGUGUGUUGCUGGAGGAUGAGAAGGAAAGGAUCUCUGUUAACAUGACCAUAUCCCACAAGAGGAUGUGGAACGUCUAUCCCGAUACCGGUAUACUGUGUGUUGCUCGAGGAUGA